GCAGCAUCUUUGUUUGGGUUAUAAGGCCCCUUUUCGGGCUGUCUUGCUUAUUGUUGUUGUCACAAAUCCCACCAUUUCUCUCCUUUCUUUUCCCUGUGCCAAGUCUGGAAGAUGGGAAGACAGCCUUGUUGUGACAAGGUUGGGUUGAAGAGAGGUCCAUGGGCAAUUGAGGAAGAUCACAAACUCAUGAGCUUCAUCCUCAAUAAUGGUAUCCAAUGCUGGAGAAUGGUUCCCAAGCUUGCAGGAUUGUUGAGAUGUGGAAAGAGUUGCAGACUAAGAUGGAUCAAUUAUCUGAGGCCGGAUCUUAAGAGAGGCGCACUAUCAGAAGUGGAAGAGAAUCAGAUAAUCCAACUUCAUUCACGUCUUGGUAACAGGUGGUCUAAGAUUGCCUCACACUUCCCUGGUCGCACGGAUAAUGAAAUCAAGAACCACUGGAAUACACGAAUCAAGAAGCGGCUAAAGCAACUGGGGUUAGACCCAGUGACCCACAAACCAAUCGAGGAAAAGGAUGAGGUCAAUGAGAAAAAUGACACGGUUCCAGACUCAGCUUCGUCAAAACAGCAAGAGGAAAGUAAUGGUGAGAGGGGUGAUACUCUGGACACAGUACAAGGGAAACAAACUGGAGGGGAAAUGACCAGCCAUGAAGCAAGUACUGACGAUCUUUUAAAUGAAAUGUUGGGUGGAAGCUCGGACUUGGAGUUGGGACUACUGAUGAACCAGCAAACCAAAACCUCAUCAAACACCUACAGUCCCUCAUUUUCUCUAGAAGAUUCUCUGAACCCUUCCAUGGCUGAAUCCUCAUCUCUCCAAGAUGACUGCUUACAGCAAUGGGUUGAUUGUACAGUGGACUCUCUACUCUCAUGGGACAACUUCAAUCAUCUAGAACAAGAGCUUUUCUUCUUGGCAAAUAGCCAUUGAACAUACUGUCUCCCCUUCUGUGCCUUAGUGACUUUAGUUUCACCCAUCAGGAUGAUCAUCGCUCAUGCAAUAAAAAAUUUCUCAAAAAGAAAGUGUAAAUCAUAUUAUUUUGAUCUAGUGUUUUCCAAUAUGACAUGGAUUCCUCCUCCACCUUAUUGUUUUGCUGUCAA